AUGGCCAACAGCUCUGAGCUCGAAGCCGGCGCAGAGCGCAGUUCGAGUUCCUGCUCGGGGGCACCAGCGUCCGCGUGGAACCCGAUCCUGAAAUCUGCCGAUCAUUUGAAGUUUGGCUACAUGGCCGGACAGGAGGCACCCAAUCGCGCGAGGGAGCCGCUGCCGAUCAAGAAGCCGAGUCCGCAGGAGCCAGCUUCCGAAAGGCGGCCGGCCGUACCAAGGUUCCGACAUCCCAUUCCAAAGCCUACUCCUGCUGCCGCAGUAGCAGCCGAACAGGAAUAUUCUGCACGGCGUCCGGCGGUUCCCCGGUUUCGCCACCCCGUGAAGCCCUCGGUUGAAGCAGACGAAGAGGAAUGGGAUCAUCAUGGUCGCUCUGCACGAAGGACGCCCCGAACAGCUGAGAGUGCGGAAGCCUCCAGCCAUUGGGGUAGUGCAUCCUUGCCACUACACUCCGAGCACACAAGAGGUGAACUCCGGCCUGUGAAGUGCAGGUUCUGUGGCCAGCAGCUGGCCCUAGCGGCACAGGAGCAGCACGAGCGAAGCUGUCCAGAGCGCUGGGACGAGCAGCACCACAGUGCACGGACAGCACGCCAUGCCUCCAAAGGCACUUCGGCCAGCGCCACAUCCAGCCGUGCACCGACACCAACAGGAGCUGAAGGCCCGGCCUCGGCCUUUUUGGCCCUCCGCUCGCGGGCGCAGAUUCAUCAGCAGGCCGUGCACACCGCGACGCAGCAGGCCAUGUUGGAGUACCAAGACGAUGAGGACGAGAGCAACACCCUGCUCCUCACCGUGGAUGCCCUGAUGCGCGACUUCGCAUCCUUGGUGCAGGAGCUGAAGAUGACAGAGCUGAAGGUCAGUUCGGCUGUGGCGUUGCUUCCGCAGUUGGAGGCUUUGCCUGGGGAAGCCGCGCUGGACCAGCUGGUGGACCUGCAGAGACGACACAGCGUUCUAAGGAAUAUCCUGCGCCUGUCGAUGGAAGACCUGCCUAGUAGCCCACCGCAGAUCAAGCCACGUGUUCCGAGUGGUCAGCCAGCUGCUCAAGCUGAGCUACGAUCACUGCACUCUCCGGCGGGCACCCCAAGGCGUCCUCAGACCCUGCCCCCACUUGAGACCCGCGGCCGCUCUGGCGAAACCCCACGCCUCGGGCAUUCACAAAGCCGCGGCCGAACCUUAAGCAGGGCGAGCAGCCAGGGCGGUCGGCCGAGCAGAGCGAGCAGCCGCGCAAGCAGCCGCGCCAGCAAUGCCAGCAACGUCAGCCGCAGAAGUCGCGUCAGCGAUGCCAGCCGCGUUAGCCGCAUCAGUCAUGUCAGCCGAGCCAGCCGUGUCAGCAACCGGGCACGGAGUGUCGACGGCCGGCGCUUGCCACAGCGAUCCAGCAGCCUCCAGUCCCUGCAAUCCAGGAUCAGUGACCUUCAACGUGGCAAGCAAGAAGCACAGGCCAAGACAGAGCCGGCAGAUGUUGUGCAGGUGCGAACGAAUCCAGGACCAGCAGCUGUCGGAUAUCGAGACCUUUCGCUGGACGAGAUGCGGGCAGAAAUUGAGGCAGAACGGAAGAGGUAUAUAGCAGAGCGCCUGGCCGUGUGA